CCUUACCUCUCGUGGGCGUGGCUCUGGAGGAGAGUGGGCCGGAAUGUAGUGGGGAGGGGACGCAACAGGAAGUGUGGAGCGUACUAGCCGGAGCCGCCGUGGUCGCUGCUUCAGCUCAUAACAGUAACUAAGCAAGAUGGAUGCCACUGUGAUCCUACCAAUACUGAAGAAGAAGCUGGCUUUCCUUUCAGGUGGGAAGGACAGGAGAAGCGGCCUCAUUCUGACAAUCCCAUUGUGCUCUGAGCAGACCAAUAUGGAUGAGCUGAGCGUCACCCUGGACUACCUGCUCAGCAUCCCAAGCGACAAAUGCAAAGCCAGAGGGUUUACAGUCAUUGUGGACGGAAGGAAGUCACAGUGGAACAUAGUGAAGACUGUUGUUCUCAUGUUACAGAAUGUAGUUCCAGCUGAGGUGUCGCUAGUGUGCGUAGUGAAGCCGGAUGAGUUCUGGGAUAAGAAAGUAACACAUUUUUGCUUCUGGAAGGAAAAAGAUCGACUGGGGUUUGAGGUUAUAUUGGUGUCAGGUAACAAGCUCACCAGAUAUAUAGAACCUUCCCAGCUCACAGAAGAAUUUGGGGGAAGCCUUACAUAUGAUCACAUGGACUGGUUGAAUAAAAGGCUAGUAUUUGAGAAAUUCACAAAAGAGUCGACGUCGCUGCUGGACGAGCUAGCUGUUAUCAACAAUGGGAGCGAUAAGGGAAAUCAGAACGAGAAAGACAGGUCCAUGGAAUUCAGUUACCUUCCCUCUGUUGACCCCGAAACUGUUCUUCAAACAGGUCAUGAGCUGUUAUCUGAACUUCAGCAGCGGCGCUUUAAUGGUUCGGAGGGAGGGGUUGCUUGGUCUCCAAUGGAUGAUGAACUUUUGGCUCAGCCCCAGGUUAUGAAACUUCUCGAUUCCCUCCGAGAGCAAUAUACACGUUACCAGGAGGUGUGUAGGCAACGUAGCAAACGCACACAGCUUGAUGAAAUUCAGCAGAAGGUUAUGCAGGUUGUAAAUUGGCUGGAAGGGCCAGGAUCAGAACAGCUGAGGACCCAAUGGGGGAUUGGAGAUUCUAUCAGAGCAUCUCAGGCUCUACAGCAGAAACACGAAGAGAUUGAGAGUCAGCACAGUGAAUGGUUUGCGGUCUACGUUGAACUGAACCAGCAGAUCGCAGCACUCCUGAAUGCUGGCGAUGAAGAGGAUCUGGUGGAACUGAAGGGUUUGCAGCAGCGGCUGAGCGAUGUCUGUUACCGGCAGGCGAGCCAGCUAGAGUUCCGGCAGAACCUGCUGCAGACGGCACUAGAGUUCCAUGGAGUCGCCCAAGAGUUGUCGCAGCAAUUGGACAGCCUGCUGGGGAUGCUGUGUGUUGAUGUGGCCCCUACAGAUGGAGCAGCCAUUCAGCAAACAUUAAAACUCCUGGAAGAGAAGCUAAAAAGUGUUGACACCGGUCUCCAAGGCUUACGGGAGAAAGGUCAGAAUCUUCUGGAUCAAAUUACAAGCCAGGCAUCUUGGGCUUACGGAAAAGAUGUUUCUAAUGAAAACAAGGAUAAUGUAGAUCAUAUCCAAGGCGUAAUGGACGACAUGCAGCUACGGAAGCAGAGGUGUGAAGACAUGGUCGAUGUCCGGAGGUUAAAAAUGUUGCAGAUGGUUCAGCUAUUUAAGUGUGAAGAAGACGCAGCUCAAGCGGUAGAAUGGUUAAAUGAAUUGCUGGAUGCUUUGUUAAAGACGCACACUAGACUGGGGGACGACAGUCAAGAAACCAAAAUUUUGAUAGAAAAGCAUAGGAAAUUUGUGGAUGUCGCUCAGAGUACAUAUGAUUAUGGGCGCCAAUUGCUGCAAGCCACAGUUGUCUUAUGCCAGUCUCUGCGGUGUACGUCCAGGUCGUCAGGGGACACGCUUCCCAAACUGAACAGAGUAUGGAAACAGUUUACGAUAACCUCAGAAGAGAGGGUGCACCGGUUGGAAAUGGCUCUCGCUUUUCAUUCAAAUGCAGAAAAGAUUUUACAGGACAGUCCAGAUCUUCCUGAUUCUGUGAUGGAUUUUGAACAAUUUGAUGAAGUUGAAGCUGUUGGGAAAUCUCUGCUGGACAGGCUAACAGUGCCCGUAAUUUAUCCUGAUGGAACCGAGCAGUAUUUUGGUAGUCCGAGCGACAUGGCCUCCACAGCGGAACAUAUAAGGGAGAGGGUCAAGCUGGUUUGCCUAAAAAAACAGCAGCUUCUAGAGCCCGACGUCUCCAUAAGAGAGAGUUAGAAGAGACUGGACUGUUAUAUAACCAAUAAGCUACAGUGUGUAACACAGCAUGUCAUCAUAAUCCAACAUUCAGUAUAAUCCAUGGAAACACAUUUCACGACCAUCCCAUGAAGCCGCAUCCCCUCAAUCUAAGAUAUAGCUCUGUGUAUUGUAACACUUCUGAUCUCUAAAGCCUUACUUAUAUACUGUGCUGUGACAUCAUCCAAAUACACUAUAACAUUGUAGUGUUCGCUCAACAUUAAAUUAGCCCUUUGGCUGCCAAGUGGGCCUGAGACACGUGGCAGGAUAAUGUGUCCCGAGGCCUGCUGCCAGCGGAUGGGUGAUAAGCUUUACCUUAUAUGGUAGUUCCAUUCAUAGAUAAGCAGCUGGCAUACGCUUCCAAUGGUGCUACCGGAAAUUAAGGAUCUCUCCGCGACAAUUACAGGAUGGAGAAGGCUUAAAUGAAAAGCGCUGUCCCUGUUCGGAUAAUGUAGUAAUUUUAGGACGUGGGUAACUUACCUGUUGUUUUAGACUGUAGUGUACUUCUCUCGUCUUUUAAUGUCUGAAGACAUUUCAUUUGUUUUUUAUUUGUUUUUAUUGUGCCAUUAUGCAACCUGUACAUGAAACCUUUGAUAUAUCAUUUUCAUGAAACAAAUGUUUUCUUACUUGUAUGGGGACUAUGUAUUUAAAGCUGUUUGUGCUGAAUAAAACCAUCUUUAUAAGAUUGGA